AUGGCAAGAUCAUUACCCAACAUCUUAGUUACUGGUACUCCAGGUACAGGCAAGACAACAACAAGUGAAAUGAUUGCCGAAGCAACAGGAUUAGAACAUGUUAAUGUUGGCGAUAUUGUUAAAACAAAGCAAUAUCAUGAAGGAUAUCUCGAAGAAUUUGAUACACACGUCUUGGAUGAAGAUAGAUUACUAGAUGAUUUAGAAGAAAUUGUCAAGGAUGGUGGCAAGGUAGUUGAUUUUCACACUUGUGAUAUAUUCCCUGAGCGCUGGUUUGACCUUGUUCUCGUCCUUCGUACAGAUACAGCCAAUUUGUAUGAUCGUAUGGUGAAAAGAGGAUAUAAUAAGAGAAAGAUUGAUGAGAAUAUGGAGUGUGAAAUUAUGCAGGUUGUGUUAGAGACAGCACAUGAAUCAUACGCUCCAGAGAUUGUUGUUGAAUUACCAAGCAAUUCGGUAGAUGAUAUGGAAAGUAAUGUUGAUCGAGUCAAGUUAUGGUUAGAAGCAUGGAAGAAGAACAAUAGUGCAUAG